AUGGCCUAUGUUCGAGAUGGUAUUCCUUAUCGACUUAGACCUGAUCUUGGAGCUUCUUUACCUGAAUCUUGUGUCAUCGAAAUCUCCCGACCUAAAUGCAAGAAACUAAUUAUCUGGACAAUCUACAGAGCACCUGAUUCUAAUCUGGAAACGUUUAUUCAAGAUUUAAAUACAUCUUUGUCUUCUGUGCCCGUUAAGACUGAGCUUAUUUUGCUCGGGGAUUUCAACAUAAAUUUUGCAAGUUCUGAGAUGAAUAAUGAUAAAGCCAAGAAGCGCAAACUUCUCAUGGCCAAAAAUUCCGGA